AUGGAGGCAGAAAAAGGAAUGGAGGUGGAUGGGAUGGAAGAUGUCAACAUGGCAGAUUUCCUGGUGGAAGAGAUUUGGCAGACACUGAAUUAUGAUAUGCCUGCUCACGAUGAUGCAACCUUGGGCUUGGCAGACACCAGCGACCAAAGACUGCCCUCGGAUCCCACGCAGCCCUGGGAUUUGCAUCAGCGUAUGACACCAACAGGCUACGAGGCAACUCCAGACGCUUUUCUGGAGGCUCCAGCGUCGAGCCUCAAUAAUGAUCAUCAAGGCUUCCCACUUGGGACAUGCGACAGUGACCGUGGAGGAUACCCAAGUGGUGUUGCUAUUCCAAAUGAGUCCCCACCAUAUACAGCUUCUCCGCUGAACUUAUGCCACGGACUUCCUUACAUCCAAGCACCAAUAAUUCAAGGAGGUGCCCGGGAUAUUCGAGUCAACCGGCCGCCCAUCCCCGCAGCUCGGUCCACUGGACUGCUGCCUUCUGGUAGUACACACUAUGUACAAGAGAGUCAAUACACAUCGCCUCUGCCCACUGGCGCCAUCUCUUCUGUGGCACCACCACAACGACAGCAACAGCGGCUUUGGGCAUACGCUUUUGACGUCUUGCCUAGUAGUCUUCGUAAGUGA